AUGCUCACCUCGCCUGCCUCCAUGGCCCCUGAGACGGCUGGCCGGUGCCCCCCAGGGCCCCCAGGACCCCCCCCACCACUGCUGCCCAAGCCCGGGAAGGACAACCUGCGUCUGCAGAAGCUCCUGAGGAAGGCAGCCCGGAAGAGGAUGAGCAGGGGUGGGCCGCCUGCCCCGCCCGGGCCCUUCCGCACCUCCUUAUCCCCCGUGAGCGAGGCCGGCCAUAACCAGGAGACCCUGGCCCCGCGCCCCACGGAGGCGCCACGGCUGGUGGCCACCCUGCCCUGCUCCCCCCACACCCGCGUCAUCCACCACGUGGCGUCCCCCCUGCAGAGGUCCACGUUCUCCUUCACCCUCACCCAGCACAGGAGCCUGGCUUCGCACUCCAAGCCCACGGGGCCCCGGCUCGCAGCCCCGGUCCCAGAACCCGCCCAGUCCCCCUGCGGCUUUGCCCAGGUCUCAGGCCCCACCACGAGGGGCACCCACAUCAGCCAGGUGCACUUCCGGCGGGCACCAUCCCCGCAGGCCGGGACCCCUGAGCCCUCCCCGAUGGCCCAGGAUGGUGGGCCUGGCGACCAGGACCAGGACACAGCCAUCUGCCCUCCCAGGGCUCAGCCCCUGACGCCUGUGGUCCACAUCCACUCACUGCUCGCCAGGGCCCAGGCUGCCAGCCCUCAGCGCGAAGAGCCCUCUGUACCCAGGCUGGCCCCCGGCUUCCGGGCCACGGUGCCCAGUGAGGCCAGCAGCCGGGUGGUGGUGUCCAUUGCCCCCACCUACCGCUCACCAGGACCCUCGCCUUACAGGCCGCCUUCUGCGGCCCCCGAAGCUGGGCGCUGGGAGAAACCCACCCUGGCUGGCCCUGCCGCUGAGGCUGAGCAGGUCUCCAGUCCCCACAAGGCCUCAUCCCCUGACCCACCGUCAGGCCCCCACCCGUGCCCUGUCCCCCAAAUCACACCCAAGCCCCAGCUCAGCAGCUGGACGCGCCUCAAGAAGCAGCUGCUGGAAGAGGCCCCCUUCCCGGGGCCAGAGCCGAGCCUGGGGCACGUGGAGCGGAGGGGGACAACAGCCCCCACUGUCUCAGCGCCCCGGCCGGCCCCUGCCUCCCGGGCCUCCAGGAUGUGGGACACGGUGCUGUACCGCAUGUCAGGGGCCGAGUCCCGUGGCGGCCAGGUGGGGCCCCGCGAUGGGGUGCCCGCCGCGCCCGGCCUCAGCCGCCUGCCCUUCCUUUGCUGGCCUCGCUUCAACGCCCGGAAGCUGCAGGAGGUGGCCGCCCGGCCCCCUCCCAUGCACUCCCCCAUCCUGGUCCUGAGCCCCCAGCCCAAGAACUUCAAUCGCUCGGCAGCUGGCUGGAGGCUCCAGUGA